AUGAAAUCCACCGAAGAAGUGAAAUUUGUCAACUGGUAUCGCCGACCCAAGAAAAGAGGACCACCAUUUUCCACGAAACCCAUACAGCGUCAGCAGCAACCAUGUAGCAACUGUGGACGAACCGGGGUCCAGAUGGGAAAAGAUUGUCUAGCAUUUGGAAAGAAAUUGAAGAAAUGCCAAAAAUAUAACCACUUUGCAGCCGUUUGUCGAUCAAGUAAAUCGGAUACACGAAAAGGCGAUUGGAAAAGACAAGAUCAACAACAAGAACACCGGCAACAGAAAUCUCGAGGAAACUAUACUAAACGGAAGUGGCAAGUUAAGAAAACAUCUGAAGAACCGACGGACAGCUCGAAAAAGACGGACGAUGAAUUUUUCGGUUAA